UCAAUGGCCAUGUCGUAUAAUGCCUAUCUCUUCACUCUUCUCAUCCCCCCAGCGAUUCUAAGCUUCAUCAAUGCAGAGCUCGGCCCAGAUACCACGUACACGUGGAUAACAAUAUCAUGGAACCUGGGCGGCGCCAUUUUCGUCACAAUUGGCGGUCGAUUAUCGGACAUAUUUGGGCGUCGCUGGUUCUUCAUCUGCGGUGCCGCAACACUCAUCGUCGGAUCCAUCGUCGGCGCCACCGGCCAGAGCAUCGGCCAGAUGAUUGCGUCUGGUGCCAUUUUCGGAUCGGGUGCUGGACUGUUGGAGAUGGCGUUUGGCGCUGUGCAGGAGAUCGUGCCAAAUGAGUGGCGAAUGGUAACCAUUGGCUUAUUCGACGCAUCGUCAAUCAUUGCCCAAGUAAUGCCCAUAAUUUCUUGGGCCAUCAUCAAGUAUACCGGUCAAUGGCGCAAUGCCUACUACGUGAUGAUUGCCUUUCAAGUAUUCAACACCGGCUUCCUCUAUGCAUUUUAUCAUCCACCAUCCUUCAGCACCAAGCACGGCACCUCGGCUCGAACUAAGACGGACUUGCUGAAGUCAUUUGACUGGAUUGGCUUGGGCAUGUUCAUCACCGGCUGUACUCUCUUCAUCAUUGGCGUCAACUGGGGUGGAACCCUCCAUCCUUGGACGAGCGCGGCCACACUUGUCCCGAUUAUUCUCGGACUGCUACUUCUGGUAGCUCUUGGCUUUUACGAGGCAUAUGGGAAGAUCCAGGAACCUCUGUUACCAGCUCGCCUUUUCAAGCAGGUUCGACACUUCACCAUGCCAAUGGUUGUGAUGUCGGUGGUCGGCAUGCAGUACUACUCCAACGCGACACUCUGGCCAAGAAUGUCUCAGCUUCUCUACGCAACGGAUGAGAUCUCGAAAGGGCUCUAUGCCGAGGUGGUUCCUCUGGGAACUAUUCUCGGUGGCCUUGCGGUUCUUGGCAGUAAGAAACUGGGUCAUCAACGAUGGCAAAUUGUCUUUUUCAUCGCCCUUCAGACAGGAUGCGUUGGAGCUCUAUCAACAUCCACAAUCGACAAUCCGGUCAAAUCAAUCGUCCUGACGGUUAUUGUAUCCAUGACCACAGCGCUUGUGAUGCUGAACUGCUUUGUGCUAGUUGGCUUUGGCAUCGUGGACCAGAAUGACAUCGGAACCGCUGCUGGUCUUGCGGGUACAGCUCGCCUCAUCGCCGGUGCUAUCGCUGUCGCCAUUUUUGGCAAUGUGACCAACGGCCGCUAUGCAACCUCUCUACCCGUCCGAGUCCCGGAAGAGAUCAGCGGGCUUGGUUUCAAUGAGGAGAACCUAGCCGCACUCCUCAUAGCUGCUCGACUCAAUACUCCCGCUGCAUAUGCUGCUGUUCCCGGUAUCACUGCAGAGGUCCAGGCUGCCGCGACACGGGGCAAUCAACUUGCGUAUCUUGACGGCGCACACCUUUCGUACCUGAUCGCUAUGGCUUUUGGCAUUGUCGGAUGCAUUGCUGCGUUUUGGAUUCCAAGUAUCGAUCGGCGGAAGUACACGAAAAAGACAGUUGCUCUGCAGGAACAGGAUCGCAAGAUCUUGCAGGACAAGAAGCUACAGGGAUCAGGCGCGUGA